CCAGUAGUGGGGGUCGGAGCACCGUUAGCGUGCUUGGGGACAACGGACGCUGGGCAAAAUUCUAACCUGGUUGAAGUCUCGCUCUCGGCGAGUGGCGACAAAAUCCACCACUUCGUUGGCUCCAAACCCUAGCUUUAGCUCGAGACAAACCCUAGUGCUUCCUAUAAAUCUCGUGUCCUCUGUUUGCUCCCUCCGCUCGCUGAAGAGGCAUCGGGACUGCGAGAGGGGAAGGAGAAGGCGAAGAAAAGAAGGGGAAUAAGAAGGGAAACCGUCGUGUUUCGAUCGCAAAUCGGAAGGAAAACCGUCUUGGCUUGUGGAAGAGGAUAGACUAAGUGGGAUAGCAUGCAGACACCCAAACCCAGCAGGAGCGUAUCAUCAGAAGUUCCUCAAAGAACUUCUCCAGCCACUCCUAGAUCGACUCGUGUAGCCAAGGCAGAAGGACAUGAAUCUGACUCUUCCGCUUCUGUUCACGCUCCUACAAAGACCCCAACUGAAAGAAGUCCUAAGGUUGUCGAGCGCCGGUCACCCAGAAGUCCAGUAACUGAGAAGAAGCGUCCAAGUAGGAUAUCUGAGUUGGAGUCCCAACUCACUCAGCUCCAAGAGGAUUUGAAAAAGACAAAGGAUCAGUUAAGUUCAUCUGAAGCAGGGAAGAGGCGAGCCCAGCAGGAUGCAGAAGAAGCCAAGAAACAGCUACAAGGCAUGUCUGCACAGGUUGAGGAUUCACAGCGUCAGCUUGUGGAGUUCUCUGCAGCUGAAGAAACUCGGCUCCAGGAACUACGCAAAAUUUCGCAGGAGCGUGAUCGCGCAUGGCAGUCUGAACUUGAAGCUAUCCAGAAACAGCAUUCUGUCGAUUCCACGGCUUUGGCCUCUGCCAUGGGUGAGAUUCAGAGGCUGAAGCAGCAGGUUGAAAAUGCUGUUAAAUCUGAGACUGCCCAAGCAAAGCACUCUGAAGAAGCUCACGUUGAGCUUCAGGCUUUGAAGCAAGACAUGGCGGAAACACUUGCUGCCCUUGAGAACCUAAAGAUUCAGCUUAGAACUACCGAAAAAGCGGAGGAUGAAGCACGGGCAAUGGUCAGCGAGGCUCAACAGCAACUGGAAAUGGCUAAGAUCAGUGUUGAGACUCUUAAUUCUGAGGGUUCGAAACUAAGGGAAUCCUUGAGUUCUGUGACCUCUGAGCUAGAAGAAUCCAGGGCUCAAGUUAGUUCACUAGAGGAAAUUGUUAAAAAAUUGCAGGCUGAUAAGUUUGCCGAGGAGGUUGACCUCAAUGAACUCGACAAAUCUGGUUGUGGUUUUUGGGAGUCAGAAGUGGAAAAAUUGCGAUCUGCACUUGAAGCAGCCGAGAUCAAGUGCCAAGAAGAACAUAAUCAAAAUACAAUGCAGGUCCAGUCUGCCUAUGAACAGUUGGAGCGUAUGAAAACUGAUUGUGGACUGAGAGAAGCUGAACUAGAAUCAUUGUUGAAGAAUGGGAGGACAGAGAUUGCUGAGUUGAAGGCAGCUCUUGUUGACAGGGAAUCUGAAGUUCGGAAAUUAGCAGCUCUGAACAAGGAACUGAAUGCAGAAAGAGAGAAGGCUCGGGUAGUGGAUUCUGAGAUGGAGGCAAAAUUAAUGAAAUCGAUUACCGACAUUGCUGAGCUGAAGGCAAACCUCAUGGAUAAAGAGACAGAGCUGCAGAGUAUUUCGGAGGAGAACGAGACGCUGAAAUUAGAAUUAGGAAAGAAAGAGACAGAGAGCCGUAAGAGUUAUGAAGCAGUCAUUGCUGAGCUUGAGGUAGCAAGAGCUGCAGAGAGGGAGGCGACAAUGAAGCUUGGAUAUGUUACCGAGGAGGCUGAUAAAAACAGCAGGAGAGCCGCAAGAGUGGCUGAGCAGCUUGAAGCAGCUCAAUCAAUGAAUUCAGAGAUGGAAGCUGAACUAAGGAGGCUGAGAGUGCAGUCCGAUCAAUGGAGGAAGGCAGCUGAAGCAGCCACAGCUGUUCUCACUACGGGCAACCAUGGGAGUUUCAUGGAGAGGAGCGGCUCAUUGGACUCUCAGUACAACACUGUUGCUGGGAAGCUGAUGAACUCCCCGUUUUCUGAUGACUUGGAUGAUGAAUCACCAAAGAAGAAGGACAAAAAUAUGCUGAAAAGAAUCGGUGGGUUGUGGAAGAAGAGCCCCAAGUAAGAUGACAGUUGAUUAUUUAUUGUUCUUUCAUUCUUUUUUGUGGCCAGAACACCAUGGGAUGUGACACUGAGGAAAAGUGCACUGCUUCAAGACAGGUGAUGCAAGAGAGCUUUAGCUUUGAUUUGCUCUUCUUUCAACCUGCUUCAAACUUUACUCUUCUUGAUGCUACUUAAAUAUACCUGUAAAACUUUAUUUCAAUGCCACUUUUCUCAUGGAACAGAUAGCUCCUGAUUGUCUUGUGGCAACAGGAACAAGUUCGGUGUUCGGCACCAUUAUUAUUAGAAAUUUCCCCCCUUUAUCUCCCC